AUGAUAUCUAUGUCCAACGGUUACAUUAAUCCAUUACUUGAUCCGAUAAUUGAUCAAUUUUGUUUACGAAUCUUACCUAAAAUUCAUCAUAAAAUCAAAUGGCUUGAUCUUGAAUCAUCUUCAAUGGAACGCAUUCUUCUUACUACAACUUAUCCUAAUUUAACUGGACUUGGUUUAUAUAAUAUUCACGAAGAAACAUUUACAAAUCUUUUUAUGGAUGAAGAUCAUUUCACUCGCACCUUCAAAAAUCAAAUUUUAUCACUUAUUAUUGAUAUUAAUACAAAUGGACAACACAAUGUAUCAGAAGAUGUGAUUUCAAUUAUAUUUACAUAUAUUUUUACUACAUUCACAAAUUUAGAAUAUUUAAAAUUUGGUUCAUCUUCAAUUAUUUGUCCACGAUUAUCAUUUUAUAUUCUAUCUCCAUUUAUUAUCUCAUCAAAUUUAUUAGAAUUACAUGUAGAUUUAGAAUAUUUUACUGAUUGUCUUUAUCUCUGUGAUGGACGUUUCAAUCAACUUCAUACACUUGAUGUUAAUAUUUUACGAAUUCAAUGUUCAAAUCUAAUCAUUAAUAAUGCGCAAAAACUACCUAAGUUAAAAUAUUUUUCACUUUUCUGUGGUAAUGAUACAUAUGCAUAUGAUGAAUUAAUUUUGCCAUUAUUACAUCGAAUGUCAAAUUUAGAAAAACUUUAUUUAUAUCUUCUUAUUUAUGGAAGAGAAUCAUUUAUUGAUAGUAAUGAAAUGAACUUAAAUAUUAUUAAUCAUAUGCCAUAUUUAAAUACAUUUACAUUUAAUAUUUAUUCAUUUAUUCAUUUUAAUUAUCAAAUUAAUUUAUUAUCAAAUGAAGAUAUUCAAAACUCUUUCAAAAAUUUUAAAUAUAAUGAAGUUAUAUCUUGUGUUGAUUAUUUUCCAAAAACAGAAAUAGGUCAAUGCCAUAUUUAUUCAUAUCCAUAUCAAUUAGAACAUUAUGAUACUAUAACAAAUAAUUUUCCAGGUGGAAUAUUUAAAUGUGUUCGUAGAAUACUAUUAUUUGAUGAACGACCAUUUGAAAAUGAAUUUUUUCUUCAAAUUUCUCGAUCAUUUCCAUUUUUACAAAAAUUAACUGUUGUCAAUCGAAAACGACAAAAUAAUAAAGCAUUUAGAACACAAAACAAUGCUAAUGAAAAUAUAUCAAUUAUUCGAUAUCCUCAUCUUACUGAACUUGAUCUUACUGCUGCUCACAUUGAUUAUGUUAAACAAUUUUUUUUUGAUACCAAAACAUGUUUACCCAAUAAUGUUUUUCUUAUUAUCGAUUAUCAACUCAUGAAAAAAACAACACGAAAUUUUAGAAGAAAUCUAACACGAAGUAAUUGUGCCAAACUUAAUUGUAUUUUAUUUUAUAGAAAAUUAACAUUUCCUGAACAUUUCCAAGACUAUUUUCCUCAUACAAAUAUAUUAUAA